CGUGGCCGCGGAGCAGCGCUGGUGACGGGUUUGUGGAUGUGGCAGAAGUGGCGGUUUGCGCUACGCCUCGGUGGUUAUUGCUCUCCGUGCUGUUUGGGGGCUCGUCGGGCAGUGGCUCUUGGGUUGCGCGCGCGUCGACGCUGAGCUAGCCGCGCUGCUAGCUCGGUGAUGUUGUCCGUGCUGUCUUACGGCAGACUGGUAGCCAGAGCUGUGAUCGGCGGACUUUCUCAGACGGACAGCCGAGACUACAGCUUGGUGACGGCCAGCUGCGGCUUCGGGAAGGACUUCCGUAAAGGCAUCCUGAAGAAAGGAGUGUGCUAUGGUGACGAUGCCUGCUUCAUCGCCCGACACAGGAGCGCCGACGUCCUGGGUGUGGCGGAUGGAGUGGGUGGCUGGCGGGAUUAUGGAGUUGACCCGUCACAGUUUUCAGGCACAUUGAUGAAGACGUGUGAGCGACUGGUGAAGGAAGGACGCUUUGUCCCCAGCAACCCAGUGGGAGUCCUCACAACCAGCUACUAUGAGCUUCUGCAGAACAAAGUACCACUACUAGGCAGCAGCACCGCCUGCCUCGUGGUGUUGGACCGGCAGAAUCACCAGCUGCACACGGCCAAUUUAGGUGACUCUGGUUUCCUGGUGGUUCGGGGAGGGGAGGUGGUCCAUCGCUCUGACGAACAGCAGCACUAUUUCAACACGCCAUUCCAACUGUCUAUCGCACCGCCAGGAGCCGAGGGGGCCGUCCUUAGUGACAGCCCCGACGUUGCAGACAGUUCUUCCUUUGACGUCCAGCUCGGGGACAUCAUUCUCACCGCCACAGAUGGCCUGUUCGACAACAUGCCCGACUACAUGAUCCUGCAAGAGCUGAAGAAACUCAAGAAUGCAAACUAUGAAAGCGUCCAGCAGACUGCGCACAGCAUUGCAGAGCAGGCUCACGUCCUGGCAUACGACCCCAACUACAUGUCGCCGUUUGCACAGUUUGCUUGUGCCAAUGGACUGAAUGUAAGAGGGGGAAAACCUGAUGAUAUCACGGUGCUGCUGUCCAUCGUAGCAGAAUACACAGACUGAAGUCUCUGCUGGGAUUCCUGCUGGUCAGGAUGAAGGACUGAGGUUGCACGCUGUGCUCUGGUGACCGUCAUCCUUC